AUGCGUCGAGAGACGGUAGACGGCGUCACUCGGUGUAUCCUACAGCCCAAGUGGCAAGGCGGUAGUAAGUCCAACACGACCUCCAACAGAGUGGUCCGCCUUACAGCCGCAUCAGGGACGCCAGGAAGCAGCCGGAAGAGGCGUGGGUCCUCCGAGUCCUUGGACCAUCAUCGGCCGUCUCCAUCACAUAGUGGCAGUAAUAAGAAGCUACGUUCUUCUACACCUGUUGGAAGUGGCACUCCAUCGGGCUAUGGCUAUCGGGGGGAACGUAGACGGAUUGCGGAACUAGAGGACCCAUCAGGAGACGACUCCUCCAGAGCCGGGUUGGUUUCCCUAGAGUGCUCCGAUACUUGGGAGAGUGAGAGUAACCAGAGCCCGAAGAGUGUUACUAUAGCACAAGGCAGCUCUUCCGUUCAGGACGGCUCUCAUGGUGAUGAUGAUGACCAUGUUGAUGAGGGAGAGUCUAUGAUGGAGGAAGAGCCGAAGGAGUGGAGCCCGUCUUCCCCCCUACCGCUGGACAUUAUAAAUAGUAUUAAGACGUUCGUUUAUGAGGAGUUUUCGGAGCCGGAGGAAGAAAAUUCGGACGAGAGGCUGUCGACUAUUGCGGAAGUCGGCCAAGUUUUAUUGGAGGAUACGACUAAAUAUGCAGAUAAGGAGACUAUGUUAGCCGAGUUGGAGGAUCUCGCGUUGAUCAUAGGAGGAGAGGAGGCGGUGGAGCGGUUCGUGGACCAUCUUCUGGAACUUCGGAAGGGUCUAUUGCCUGGAGGUUUGGCAGUGGAGACGGAGAGGCCUGGGCCGAUGGGUGCAUCAACACGGCAGGAUGCCUCACCCAAAGCAGACACGUCUCCAACAGCCGUUGCAGGAGCCCGACGAGUCACUCUGCUGCCUCGACGAGGCUCUACUCAGGCUGCGGUGACACCAACAUCAGUAGCGUCACCCUUCCGACCGAUGGUUGCUGGGUCAUCACCAGUACGGUCCCAAGGGGUUGCCCCUAGUAGCUGGUCUGGGGUCGUCUUCUCGCGGCAGUCGCCUGUACAGUAUCAAGCUGCACCACUCCCUCCUCCUCCUCCUCCUCCACCACCACCUCCACCGCCGCCGCCGCCCUCAGGGGCUGCCCCUCCUCAUAUUGUCCCCGUAUACUCCCGUCACAGCCACGGACCACGAACGCCUCAUGGAGGCCAACAGGGCUCGUCUCAGCAACACAUGGCGAUAGAGUCUACGAGCAGCUUCGGCAAUCUCACGUACAAUCCAUCUGGAGAGCUCACUCAGGUGGAGAAAACUCGGCAGGUGGAGGCGGAGCGGAAGAGGUUUCUGGAGCAGUGCACGAACAAUAUAAAGUCGAUAAUGCGACAAAUGAAUGCAGAAGGAGUCAAGCCUGAGCAGAAGAAGAAAUAUGUGUUGAUGAUUGAGCGAUUGAAGAAUACAAUGGAGCGCAUGCGUACACAGGAGCAUCCCGCGGUCCCGAAGUCGGCCCCGACGACGCCUAAGGCGGAGGCUGCUAAGAUCCAUCGAGUCGGGUACUAUGGGAACGUUUGGGUGAGUAGUUCAGCAGCAGCAGCUUCCGCUCAGUCACCGACAGCUAAGGCGGCAGUACCUGGUGGGGUAGCAUCGUCGUCAUCAUCAUCACCCAGGGCUGGGGGAGGCAUACUGCCUGCUUUCAUAUUGCGAACACAUAAUGUCGUGCCUGUGGACUCGCCUCAGAGCCCUAGAGUGGAGGGGAAGGAGGCGGAGGAGAUGAAAGAGCAGGGGGAAGAAGGUACGGCAGCAGAUGGGGACUCUAUUGAUGUGCCUAGGAUGUUGCCUGAUGAUGGUGAUGAAGCUGUGUAUUCUAGUGGAGACGAGGCAGAUGCUGAGAGUGGGGAAGGAUGAUGAUGAUGUAUA